AUGAACGGCGAUAAUUUCAAAGAGUGGUUUCAGUCUAUUCUUCCUCGACUUGAUCCUCGUUCUAUUAUUGUUAUGGACAAUGCACCCUACCAUUCAGUCCAAACCGAAAAAUAUCCUACUUCAAGUGCAAGAAAAUCCGUGAUAUUGGAGUGGCUGAAUGCUAAAGGAGUUACUUUCGACAGGCCAAUGCUAAAGCCUGAAUUUUUAGCUAAGGUGCGGGAGUUAAAACCACGCGAGAAAUCGUAUGUUAUCGACAACUUGGCUAACAACGCAGGGCACACCGUUCUCCGAUUACCACCGUACCACUGCGAAUUCAAUCCAAUUGAACUAGCGUGGGCGAUGGUAAAAGGCUACGUCAAACGGGAGAACACAACAUUUAAGGCUAACGACGUCCGCCAACUUCUCUAUACGGCAAUUGACAGAGUUACGCCAGAAAAUUGGCAAAAUUUUAUCAAGCAUGUGAUUGAUGAAGAAAACAAUAUUUGGAAAGUUGACGACAUCAUGGACGAGAUUAUUGAUGGAAUGGAACCGUGUGUGCUAACCAUUACAGGAGACACAUCGAAUGACUCUUCUGACUAA